AUGUCUUCUUCGACUCCUUUGCCGCUUGGCGACUUUUCCAAAAUUAACACCAUUCCUGGAGUCUCUCCAAUGACUAAUGAGCAAAAGAACGGGUCGUUUUGGUCUUCUAACCCAAUCUUCAGCUAUCUGAAUGACGUCUACAACAACAUUCACGCACACAGGCAGUCACUGUCAUUGGUGAAUCCUGGUACAAUUGAGAACCUAAACAAGGAAGUUUCGCGUGAUGUAUUCUUGACACAGUACUUUUUCACUGGUUUGAGAGCAGAUUUGAACAAAGCGUUCGCUUUGAACCCUGCUUUCCAAACCUCGCACACGCUGUCAAUGGGUUCCCCUAACCUACCCAGCUAUGCCUUCUCCGCCCUUUUUGCCAAUGACAACUUAUUCAUGCAAGGUAACUUUGAUAAUGAGAUGUCUUUGUCUGGAAGAUUGAACUAUGGCUGGGACAAGAACAAUAUUUCCAAGGUAACUUUACAAAUUUCGCAGGGUCAACCUACUAUGUGUCAAUUGGAACAGGACUACCAAGGAUCUGACUUCUCCUUGAACUUGAAGGCGUUGAACCCUAGCGUCUCUACUAAGGGUGAAUUCACUGGUGUUGCAGUCGGUUCAAUUCUUCAAAGUGUUACACCUCAGUUCGCACUAGGUUUGGAAGCCAUCUACUCUAGAGGCCAAUCUACAAUGCCAGCAGAUGCUGCUGUUUCUUAUGUUACUCGUUACGUGUCUCCAAAGCAAGACUGGAUCUUUUCCGGUCAAUUGCAAGCCAAUGGUGCUCUCAUCACAUCUUUCUGGCGUAAAGUUGCUCCAAACGUCGAAGCUGGUCUAGAAACAACUUUGCAGGCCUCCAUGAUUCCUAUCUCCGAUCCUGUCAUUGGUACCCCAAUUGGUGUUCAGCCAACUAUUGAAGGUUCUACUACUUUAGGUUGCAAAUAUGAAUACAGACAGUCCGUUUUCCGUGGUUCCCUGGAUUCUAAUGGUAAGGUUGGCUGUUUCUUGGAAAGAAAGAUCUUACCUACUCUUUCGGUAUUGUUCUGUGGUGAGAUCGACCAUUUCAAGCAAGAAAGCAAGUUAGGCUGCGGUUUACAAUUCGAAACUGCCGGCAGCGAGGAGCUUUUGAUGAUGCAACAAGGUUUGGAUGCUAAUGGAAACCCAUUGCAAGCUGCACCUCAAAUCUAA